AUGGGAGGGACAGUGGCAGCAUGGACGGCUCUUCAGGUUCCUCGAUGCCUUGCCGGCUUGCUGCUAUUUGGCACUGAAGGUCUCAGCUUCACAGGUGGAUGGGCAUCGCCCAAAACCCUUUGUGGCUCUGGAUCAGAAUGGGCAACUGGAGCGGAUGGUUUGCAGGUCCUUCAAUGUCAUGGGCGAGAGGACACUUUGUGCCCGCUUGGAUUUGCGACUACUUGCACAGAUGAGCUUCGAAAGCUUGGUUGUAGUGUCCGAUCGCUAGCUUUCCGUGGUGUUGGACAUGCAUUAUCCUUUGACAUGCUGGAGGAGGCCAAACUUUGGCUUCAACAAAGAAUACCAUAA